AUUUAACACAGAGGUCCUGAGAUGAACAUGUUGUCUUUGAAAAAGAAGAGAAUACCAGCUCAGCGGGUGGUCUCAGGGUGGGGGGUUACACACCAAGUGUUGGCAUGUGGACAUUUUUAUUUUUUUUACCUGAUGGAUUAGCCUUUUAGUAGAGACUGUGAUUGUGCAACCGAGUGUGCAGGAAAACAGACAGGAUACGUGUUUUACAGCUCUGAUGAGCUUCAUGAGGUUACCAAGCUUUUGCUGAGCGAAUCAGGCGACUUAUAUUUAGCCUCGCAAAUGGUGAACUAUGGAUCAUGUCUUGGUGUUCUCCAGUUUCGUCUUCAGUGCAUUUUGUUGAUUGCAAGAAGGGCUGCAGAUGUCCAUGAGGCUGCUUCAUGGUCUCAGACCACCUCUCCUUUGACUUAAACUCCUUUUCCUUUCUACUGAACUCCAUUCGCACACUCGUAUACCCCUCCAUCUCUGGAUAAGACUUUUUUCGUCCAAUCGUCUGUCUUCUCAGCUUUGAGAUAUCUUUAGUUUGUAUCCAAAGGUUUUUCGAGCCAAACUGUACCUGUAGCUCAGUAGGUGUCUGCUGGUAGAUUCUACUCAUACCAACUUGGACACCACAGAUUACUUCACCAGACUUUUGAAGUUUUUAAUCAAACAGCGUCAUGGAUAUUCUAGCCUUGGAGGCAAAGAGCCAAAAUGGAGCAGAAGCUGAAAAGAAGCCUACACCAAAGCCAAAGCCAAAAGCGCCCAAGAAGGCUAAAAGGAUAGUUUACUUUGAGGUGGAGAUUUUGGACUUGAAGACUAAGGAGAAGCUGCUGUUGUUGGACAAGGUGGAGCCAACUGCCACCGUUUUGGAUAUUAAAGCCUUGUUUCACAAAUCAUAUCCAAAGUGGCAUCCAGCCAGGCAGUCUCUGCGUUUGGAUCCAAAGGGCAAGAGUCUCAGGGAUGAGGAAGUUCUCCAAACACUACCUGUGGGAACUACAGCCAGCUUUUAUUUCAGUGACCUGGGACCCCAGCUCACAUGGGGAACAGUGUUUUUAGCAGAAUGUGUUGGGCCGCUGAUUCUUUAUUUAAUGUUCUACUUCCGCCUUCCCUUCAUUUACUCUCCAAAAUAUGACUUCACCACCAGCAAGCACUGGGUUGUACACUUGGCCUGCAUGUGUCACUCCUUUCACUACAUCAAGAGGAUUUUGGAGACGCUGUUUGUUCAUCGUAUCUCCCAUGGGACCAUGCCUCUCAGAAACAUAUUUAAGAACUGUGGCUAUUACUGUUGCACUGCAGCCUGGAUGGCAUAUUACAUCAACCAUCCUCUCUACACUCCGCCCUAUUACGGGCUGCAGCAGGUGAACACCGGGCUUUACAUUUUCUUGUUCUGCCAAGUAGGAAAUUUUUCAAUCCACAUUGCACUGCGUAAUCUAAAAUCAUCAGGCUCAAAAGUCAAGAAAAUACCUUACCCAACAAAAAAUCCCUUCACGUGGAUAUUUUGGCUAGUCUCCUGUCCAAACUACACAUAUGAGCUGGGCUCCUGGAUUGGCUUCACGGUGAUGACACAAUGUGUGCCUGUGGCGUUCUUCACCCUUGUGGCCUUCGUCCAGAUGGCUGUGUGGGCUAAAGGCAAACAUCGCAGCUACUUAAAGGAAUUCAGAGAUUAUCCCACCCUCCGUUCAUCCAUACUGCCCUUCAUCCUGUAGCAGAGUCUGGAAAGGAGAACAGUCAUUCCUGCUCACAUCCAUGUGUGCUGAGGCUACAGGUGCAUCUCCGUAAAAUACAAUACCAUCAAAGUGCUCAUGUAUUUCAGUAAUUCAACUUAAAUAAUGAAACUCAUGUAAUAUUUCAUUUCAUGCUGUGCUGACUUUGGACUGUUUGAAAAACAGCGGACCAACACCAGCAGAUGACAAAUCAUCACCAACUGUAGAAACUGCAAAGUGGACCUCAAGCAGCUUGGAUUCUGUACAUCUCCACUCUUCCUCUAAACUCUGGGACCCUUGAUUUCCAAAUGAAAUGCAAAAGUUACUUUCAUCUAAAUAGAGGACUUUAGACGACUGAGCUACUGACCAGUUCUUUUUCUCCUUAACCCAAGUAAGACGCUUCUGACAUUUCUUCUGGUUCAGGAGUUGCCCGUGUCUCAUAUACGUCUGUGUGUGGCGGUUCUGGCAGCUUUGACUCCAGCUGCAGCCCACACCUUGUAAAUCUUCCCCAUACUCUUAAAUGGCCCAGAGUUUGGCCUCUCAAAGCUGUUGCUAAUACUGUUCCUUGGGCACCUUUUGCCACCACACUUUUUCCUUCCACCCAACUUUCUAAUCAUAUGCGUGGAUACAGCACUAUGUGAACAGUCAGCUACUUUUGCAAUUAUCUUGCAAGGCUCACCAUCAUUGUGCCAACAAAUCGCCAUAUUCUAAUUUUCUGAGGAAGUGAAUUUUGGAUUUUCAAACAAAACAAAUGCCAAAAUUAUCAAAAUUACCACUUGAAAUCUCUCUCUCUAUAUAUAUAUAUAUAUACCAGUCAAAGGUUUGGACAGACCUUUGUUUCUUUAUUUUUAUUACUUCCUGCUUUGUAGGUACCUACUGAAGAGAUCAAAACUUUCACCUUAGAUUGUUCAAAAUAACCCCCCUUUGCUUUGAUUAACGGUUUGUACACUUUUGCACACCCUUCUUUCAAUGAGCUUCAUAAGGUAGUCACCUGAACUGGUUUUCCAACAGUCUUGAAGGAGUUCCCAGAGGUAGUAACGAAAACAAACAAAAAAACACUAAAUGAGAAGGGUUUACCCAAACUUUUAAAUAACUGUUCGAUGAUAUUCUAAUUUAUUGAGAUGCACUUAUAAAUGUAUUUUAAACAUUUUUGUCUGACUGUUGGACUGCCACAGGCAAAUAACGACAGUAACUUGCUAUAGUCUUACUAUAAUGUGUGUAAUUUUGUGAAAUGUGUCAUUUUGUAUUUUGCUACUUAAGUUUUAAGAUAUCCAAUAAAUCUUGCUCCAAAGAUAUAUCUAUAUAUACAUUAGUCUAAUCAGACACUUACUUCUAAGGUGGGAAAUGAAGUGGCUUAUUUGGUUUAACCCAGGACAGCCUGGAGCUGUUAACGCUGCUGUCAUAUGACUAAUGGUGUUAAGCAGAUAUCAUCCUGAUGUGAGCAUUACAAGAUUGUUGGAAGAAACAUGAUAAGAAAUAUACUUCUCAGCGAAAGGUUUGUUUACAAAGUGCAUUAUAUUUUCCCCAUUGGUGCAAUGGAAUUCUGCUUUUUUUUCUGAGAGAUUUUAAGCCAAUAAAAAUCCAAAAACAACUAA